CCCGCCACGCCGUCUUCCGCGCGGCGGUCGGGGCAUCAUGGCGGCUGCCCUGCUGGAUGUGGCGCACUGGAGCACCUGGGCGGUGUGCGCCGUCAUCAAGCUGCCGCAGCUGGCGGCCGUGCUGGCGGCAGGGUCGGCGCGGGGGCUCAGUUUGGGCAGCCUCGUGCUGGAGCUGGUGGGCUUCGUUGUGUUUCUGAGAUACCAGAUUUAUUAUGAUUACCCUCUGCAGUCAUACCUGGAAUAUCCCAUCAUCAUUGCACAAGAUGUCAUUCUCCUUUUGCUUAUUCUGCAUUUCAGUGGAAACAUGAAACAAGCUUUGCUUUAUGCAGUCACGUUCUGGGGAGGCUGGUACAUGCUAACGCUGCGGAGGUGGAUCAUAGACCUGGCCAUGAACUUGUGCACGCUCAUCAGUGCAGCGAGUAAGCUCGCUCAGCUGCAGUGCCUGUGGCAGACCAAAGAUUCCGGACAAGUGAGCGCCUUGACCUGGAGCUUGUCUGCGUACACCUGUGCAACAAGAAUAUUUACAACUGUAAUGACUACAAAUGAUCUGAUAGUUCUCAUCCGUUUCAUAACCAUGCUCGUUCUCAAUAUUUGGGUCACAGCCACAAUCCUGCGCUACAGGAGAACUAAAAAGACUGAUUAGAAGAUGCUCAUCACAUACAACGUGAAAAGAAAAAAAGGGAAAAGGAAACUGAUAUGGAUAAACAGCAGAAAAAAGCUGAGAAAAAGUUGAAAGGGGAGAUUUAAUCUGGAUAUAAAGGAAAAGGUGUUUUACCAUCAGGGUGGUGAGGCACUGGCACAAGUCGCUCAGAGAGGUGGUGGAUGCCCCAUCCCUGGAGACACCCAAGGUCAGGCUGGAGGGGCUCUGAGCACCUGAUGGAGCUGUGGGUGUCCCUGUUCAUUGCAGGGAGUGGAACCAGAUGGCUUUCAAGGCUUCUUUUCAACUCAGACGAUUCUGAUUCUAUGAAGCUCUCUCUCUUAAGCCUAGUAUUUGUCUCUAGAAAGAUUUAGUGCAGUUCUGCUUAAUUUCUCAUAGAAAUAAUUCUGAUAAGAUACUUAAUUUAGGCAGCAUGCUUUUAUUAGUUAUUUGUGACAAGUUUCCCUGAUACCACUUUUUCUCUGGAUCUUUUUUAGUAAAUGAACAAGGUAUUUGUAUUUAGACAUGUGUAUGUUCUCAUAUCACUUCAGUACUUUCUAGUUACAUAUUAGCAAUUAUUUUUUUCAGUUCUACAAAUCAUACAAGAGAACUUUGUGGCAGCAUAUCUGCUCUUCUGUCUACAUCUGCUGCCAGUUUGAAAAUGUUAGGUGCUUCUUUUUCUUGCAAGUAACUCAAAUAGUCAGAUGUUAUGUACCUGCAUUUUAGCAUAGAGAAAAUCUGAGUAAAGGCCAAAUUCAGAAUAUAUUUCUAAAUGAGUUUAACAAAGUCAGGGAUCCAGCUGAGACUGCAGCACUGCACGCAGCACUUGAGCAGUACAUUCACACAGCUGAUAAAGGAUAUCCACAGUCACUUCCGUACAGGCAGUUUUUAUUAUAAGAACAAAAACAACUGUGUUCUUCUUUCUCAACCUGAGCUCUCCAUCACUGAACAUACUGUUUUGGGAACAGCAGUAACUGGAAGGUACGGAGAUUAAUGAGACUUUGAGAGUUAAUUCUGUUCCAAGAGAGGCUCCUGCAGUGAUGCCCAGACUCCAUAUGCAAUCUGUGCUGACUGUAGCCCAUCUAUGCACUGUGAUUCAUUGAAGCAAACCCGUCUACAGUGGUUAUCAGGCUUUGAUGAUGCUACAAUAUGCUUUAUUACUUUUUAACCUGUCCUGAAGAAUUUAUAGACUGAAGCUGAAUUUUUACUGUGGAGAUUCCAACCGGUUUUAGUAGGUAUAUUUAAAAAGGUGAAAAAGAUGUUCUUAAAAAAACUUUUAGCAGGGGAUUUUACUUUUGGAAGAGGUACUUUUCCAACCCGAAGUUAGAGCUGGUACCGUAGAGAAAUACAAUAACUACUCAUUUCUCAGUGCAUUCUCCAAAAUGAGAAGAUAAGCCUUUUCAGUACAGUCUUACAGUAUUACUGCUGCAUGCUGAAAACAAGGUGCUCAUGAUCUUGGCAGGCUUGCAAGCUAUGGGAAGACUUGACUACAUUUGAGUCAGGUUUUCCUUGUGACGUGCUGAAUCACUGGGAUGUUACAGAGCAGCGGGAUCUGCAAAAAGCAGAUCUUUCUGCCAGCAGUUGUUCAGCAAGCAGAGACCUUCGCUUUCUGAAACAAAGCUGCUUUAUCAGCUCUGAUAGGAGGGAGGAAAGCGGUCGAAAGAGGUAUGUCUGUGGACAUAGAAUUUUUGGGUAUCUCAAGUUACUGAGAGAAAAUUAAAACAUGAGGCUUUUUUACUGCUUCAGUAAAGAAUGCUCAGAAGUUUCUAUGUUGGUUGAGAGGGUAAUUGUAAAUAUUCUACUGAUUUUACUGAAGCUAUCUGAAAUGUCUAAAUAAUUUGGUGGCAAGUGGAUGUAAUACGUUUUCCAGAUCCUAUUAAUAAAUGCUGUUCUUCAUGAUUGAUUAAUGUCAUUCUUGUAGUGAAUUUUCAUUGUGUUCAAUGUUUUUAUUCUGUGUCCUUUUACGAAAAGAGAAUAAAAUGUUCGUUAUAGGUCAUGAAUGGGCAGCAUUCACGUUAACGUUCAAAGCAUCAGGCUGUACAUAAGUCAACCUGUACAAUGCAGAGAGGUCCAGUGCCUUACAGGAACAAAACACACAUCUCUUAUCUGUUUUUUAAUCUGUUUUAAUAGACAAUGCUCUGUUUGGACUCAGAACUCUGUUAUUGGUGUCUUUCAACCUCCUCAGUGACGCUGUAGGAAAAUUGAGACCAUUUCUGGUUUGAUCAUCACCACUUCACGUUUUUCCAUCAUAAAAUGUUAGAAAUGCAUUUAAGAUAAGUUCUUCAAAAGACACUUGAUGUAUGAGGAUAAAUCUUCUUAGAAACUUGUGGGAAACAAAGGAAAGAAACAGUUGGGUAAACGACGAGCUUCAGAAGAGUGAUUCUGUGGACUUGGAAAGCUGGACCAUGAGUUCUCAAGCCUUGUGGGAUAUGGAACAAGUCAGAAGGUGGUGGUGGUAAUUGUAUAUACUUUUCUCUCUCUGUGUUUUGGUGUUUUUUACAUAGCAUACAAGCAUAGAUCCUGUGGCCUUCUAUCUGUAAUCCAUAAUCUUCUCAAGUAGCUGGAUUAAAGGCAAUAGCUUUAGACAAAAGA